AGACUCGUCUCGGGUGGUUUCCUCUCUAGUCACAUGCUCCACUAUUAUCAAAUGACAGUCACGUGAUCGUUGUUGUGUUCUGUCCAAUAUAUAUUGUGCAGUCGGCCUAAGGUGUUUGAUCAUUGUGCUUUAAGGAAACUGAUAACUAAUAUAAUCUACGAAGAUGAAAUUGUUGGUAUGUUUGGUUGCGUUGUUUUCGUGUACUCUGGCAGUAUCAAUGGAUCUGUCAACCCAGGCUCGACACCUAAACUCUGAUGUUGAUACGGGCAAACCGAUGGAACAUCUCUUUUCAACAUUUAAACAAAUUCACAACAGGAAGUAUGAGGAUGACAAUGAAGAGUCAAUGAGAUAUGAAAUUUUUAAGUUGAAUGUCAACCACAUCAGAGCUCAUAAUAUACUGUAUGCCAAGGGACAGAAAUCCUACUAUCUUGGAGUCAACCAGUUUUCAGAUUUGACACAUCAAGAGUUUCUGAAGCUGUAUACAGGUCAUAUCCGCCGUGCUAAAGAAUCAACAAUAAAUGCUUCCACUUACCUGCCACCAUUCAACAUUCUGCUUCCGGAAAAGGUUGACUGGAGGAAAGAAGGGAUUGUUACUAAAGUAAAAAAUCAGAAACAAUGUGGAUCUUGUUGGGCAUUUAGUGCUACUGGUUCCCUGGAAGGACAGCAUGCAAAGAAGACUGAAAAAUUGAUCUCUCUCAGUGAGCAACAGCUUGUCGACUGUUCUGGAGAAUUUGGUAACCAAGGAUGCAACGGCGGGCUUAUGGAUCAAGCUUUCAAAUACAUCAAGGCUGUUGGUGGCAUUGAGGAUGAGGAGGACUACCCAUAUGAGGCUAAGGAGUCAGUAUGCAAAUUUGACACGUCAAAGAUAAAAGCAACCGUAUCAGGAUAUGUAGAUGUUACUAAAGGAGAUGAGAGUGCUUUGCAAUCUGCUGUUGCAACAAUUGGACCAAUUUCAGUAGCCAUAGAUGCCAGUCAUCCAUCAUUCCAGAGUUAUACUGGAGGUGUAUAUGAUGAGCCGGAGUGCAGCAGUUCUCAGCUAGAUCAUGGCGUGUUGGUUGUUGGUUAUGGAACUGAUGAUUCCUCAGAUUACUGGCUGGUGAAGAACAGCUGGAGUACCAUGUGGGGAGAAGAAGGCUAUAUCAAAAUGACCAGAAACAAGGACAAUCAAUGCGGCAUUGCCAGCCAAGCAUCAUACCCUCUUGUUUAAGUUGUGACAACAGAUUCAGCAGUGAACCUGUGGAUCUCCUCCAAACAUUUCAUGGAUUUUCGUAGAUGUACACAUAUAUUUUUGUGAUAUUCAAAUUCUGAAGAAAUCUCAGAGUAAAAUUACAGCUGAACUUACACAGUGUUUGUACAUUUUUAUUGCGACUGGCAUAACUGAAAAUUAACUGUUGAAUCUGUACUUACUGAAUGGAAUUAUAGAAAGAUGUAGGAGUCAGUCUUUUUCAAUAUUUUAUGCAACAAUACUGUCAGAUAUAUUUUAUAAAACCUGCUGGUUGAGAACAGUUAUGCCAUGUUAAGACUUUCACCAAGACAUGUGAUAAUACAGUACAUUCUUUGUUUCCAUUCUUUCAGGUAUUUGUUAUACAUAAUAUAUAUACUUGCCUCUUAAAAUCUCGGCGAUAUAUGACCAUUUUGUGUCGAUUCGCCGUAAAACCGAACCCACUCACUCACUUGCCUCUUAAAACAUACUUUCAUGUUUAACAUUGGAAUCGGAGAACUUACUUCAUUCAAAUUUGUGUUUGUUAUUUGUUUUUGAAGUAACCAUAUAAUGCUAUACAUUGUGCCUUUUCUCAUUCAUCCUGUUUUUCAACAUUACGUGACACUCACUUUAAAGACACUCAAAAAUGUAUCACCACAGGACGGACAUCUGUCAUUGCAUUGCAAUAUUAAGUUUUUAGCUGUCCUUGAAAUAUCUUCUUUAAAUUGAAUUAAUUUCAAUACUUGCUUUAAAUUCAAAUUAAGCUUAAAAGUGAUUGCCUUUAAAAAUUUACUUUCGGUUAAAAUUAAGCUUAAACAUUUAAACUUUCAGGUAAGAUUAAGCUUAAAAGUCAUUGUGUUUAAAUUAAAAUUAGGCUCAGAUAAAAUUAAGCUUAAAGCUGCUCCUGGACUAUUUCUAUUUAGUUGUAUUGUCCUCGAAAGGUUUACUUUUAGUUGAAAUUAAAUUUUAGCUGUCCUUGAAAUAUUUACAUUCAAUUGUUAUGUUCAGCUUAAAGCUGUUCCUGAAACUUUAACUUUAAAUUAAAAAUAAUUAAGUAAAUAUGUUUAUAUUAAAUUUACUCAAAAUACUAACAAAUGUUAUUUUGCCCUUAAUGCACUAAUGAUAUAUUAAACUAUUGUAAGAAUGAAUGGCUUGAGCGCAUAAUCAGGAUAGGUUAUGUUAGCAUUAUUAUAUAUGUACAAUACACAUCUUUUUUUCUUUCUUGUUUAUUUUUACUUUUAAUAGUAAUAUUUUAUAUUUGUUUGUAUUGAAUAAUUAUAAUCAUUGUAUGCUUAAAAUCUCUUUUAUUGGAAAAAGCAGUUAGACUGUUUUUGAAAACUUUUGGUGUAUAUGUAAGAAAUAAUAUGAGACAACUGCUAACCUAGACGUUAAGACCAGUAUUGAUGUCGAACUGCUAUAUGAAUUACACAUUUUUAUUUCUUCUUUUUAUGUCAUGACCAGUUUCAGAUGUCUAGUACUAUUAUCAAAAUUGCUGUCAGUCAUUUGUAAUUGUUUUUGAUUGUUAUAUUAACUUUGUAAUCAAUGCUGAAUUUGAGUUCCUCAGUCAGUAUAGGUUGUAUUGUAGUUAGAUACCUAUUGGGUCUUUAAUGGAAUAAGAGUUAUAAGCAAGUGGUGUGAGGAAACAUUUUAUUGUGAAAGUGCACCUUAAAUGAGUUAUUGUUGAAUAAAUGUUAUAUUUGAUAUUCUCAAUAAAAACACAAUUUUCUA